CUUCCUGUUUGAGUUGCUAAAACGUUUACUGUUUACAUGUUUUACACACACGGUAGCUGCGUGGCUCCGUGUCGUGUUGACAAAAUGAUUACAAAGACAGAGAAAACUCUACAUUUAAAGACCAACCGGGGGAGAAAAGUCCGUGUGGUCCGCGAACAUUACGUGAGGGAACGAGUGCCAUGCUACAGCUCUCUGUGUCUGGACGGCUGUGACAACGGUGAUAAGGUGUUGCCAGGGGAUUUAACACACUAUGUGGUGCCUGAUGCCGGGGUUGUGGUGGACUACCAGGAGAUCUUGGAGCUCAGAGAGGUGCAGGGCAUCAUCUUCACCCAGACAGCCUGCCAGGCUGUGCAGCACAGCAAAGGACGCAGACAGUAUAACCGCCUGCGAAACCUGCUGAAGGACCCCCGACAUGACUGUGUACUGUUUGCAAAUGAAUUCCAAGAAUUUUCCUACCGCCCGCGAGAAAAGGGGGAGAGUCAAGAAAAAUGGCAGACCAGGUGCGUGUACUCUGCCGCAGUGUGGUACUACAACCACCUCGCCGGUAUGAUGGAUGUGGUGAUGAUUACGGAGGACCGGGAGGCCGUGGCUCGGUACUGCAGCCUCAACUCUGGAGUUUACGUCAUCUCUGUCCGGGAUUAUUUGCAGAACUUCUGGUCAGGAGUGCAGGCGGCCCAUGACUUGUACGGCUCCGUCUGCCAGUCUCUGCUGGAGAAGGAGAGCGAGGGCGCAGAGAAAGAGUUCACUGAUUAUCUACCGGCUCAAGUCCUGGAGGCUGGCAUCAAGUCCGGACGCUACAUUCAGGGCACGUUGAAUGUCAGUAAGCACCGAGCACUGACAGAAGCUUGGGUCACAACAGGGGGUCUCUCGGAUAAAAACCCGGAGUUGAGCAGCGAGGUGUUGGUGUACGGAAAUAAGAAUCGUAACCGGGCCGUGCAUGGCGACGCGGUCGCGGUGGAGUUGUUGCCAAAGACUGAGUGGAGAGGGAAGGUCACGGCGCUGACGGAGGGCCAAGGCGAAGACAAGAACGGAGAGGACAUCCAAAGUCAGCCUGUACCUACAGGUCGCGUUGUGGGCAUCCUGCAGAGGAAUUGGAGGGACUACGUGGUAACGUUCCCGCCAAGGGAAAACACACAGUCCCAGAGCAGGAAUUCUCAGCGUAUUCUGACCGUGCCUUGGGACUAUCGCAUCCCAAAGAUCCGCAUCAGCACGCAGCAGGCUGACGCCUUGCAGGACCACAGAGUGGUGGUCCGCAUUGACUCAUGGGAAAGCACGUCACUGUAUCCUAAUGGACACAGCGUGAGGGUUCUGGGUCGGGCCGGUGAGCUUGAGACCGAGAUCCAGACCAUCCUGUUGGAGAACUGCAUCCACGUGGCUCCCUUCUCCGAUGCGCAGCUGAGAGAGAUGCCGGCGAACUCUCCUGAAAAGCCAUGGAGAGUUGAUGCUGCUCAGGCGGCAGAGAGGCGGGACCUCAGGGAGAGUCACUUGGUGUUCAGCAUCGACCCGGCGGGCUGCGAGGAUGUCGACGACACGCUGUCUGUACGCCUUCUGGAUGGAGGGGAGCUGCUGGAGCUCGGCGUCCAUAUUGCUGACGUGACGCACUUUGUUCCUGAAGGAUCGCUCACCGACUUGGAGGCACGCGCAAGGGCUACAACCUACUACCUUGCAGACCGAAGGUACGACAUGUUGCCUGCGGUUCUCAGCGCCGAUCUCUGCUCUCUGUUGGGAGGAGUGGACAGGUACGCAAUGAGCGUCCUGUGGGAGCUUGACGCCCACACCCUUGCCGUCAACAAGGUGUGGUACGGUCGCACAAUCAUCCGCUCCUCCUACCAGCUCCAUUACGAGCUGGCUCAGGCCCUCCUCAACGGCGAGGAGGUCCAGGUACCGGAGUUGGCCCACCUGAGCUCCCGCGAGAAAGACGCCAAAUUAGCUCAGCUCACCCGGGCUCUGGAGACGCUGACCCACGUGGCUCGACACCUUCGGGCUCAGCGGGAUCGAGGCGGCGCUCUGGAACUGGAAGGGGUGGAGGUGAGGGCCCAGCUGGACCAAGACAAGAACAUCACGGCUCUGGUUCCGCGCCAGCCCCUGGAGAUUCACGAGACGGUGGCGGAGUGUAUGAUCUACGCCAACCACUGGGUGGCACGCAAGAUCCAGGAACGCUUUCCCCAUCAGGCUCUGCUGAGGCACCACCCUCCACCACGGCAGGAGUUCUUCAGCCAGCUGGUGGACAGUGCCAAGUCCAAGGGCUUCACCAUCCACACCAGGUCCAAUAAGGCUUUAGCCGACUCCCUGGACCGGGCCGUGGACCCGCAGGACCCCCUGCUUAACAGGCUGCUGAGAAUGAUGGCCACCCAAGCCAUGUCUCAGGCUCUGUAUUUCUCCACUGGUGCCACGUCCCAAGACCACUACUACCACUAUGGUUUGGCUCUGGACCGGUACACGCAUUUCACCUCCCCCAUUCGUCGCUACGCCGACAUGAUGGUCCACCGCCUUCUCACCGCAGCCAUUGACACGGAGAAGGGGCGGCGCUACGCUAAAGCGUUAGCCACAAACAAGGAAGUGGAGGAGCUGGCGCAUCACAUCAACCAAAAGAACAGGGCGGCCCAGCAGGCGCAGAAGUUGUCCACCGAGUUGUUUCAGUGUGUGUACUUCAAGGACAAAGACCCUCACACGGACCGGUGCUGCGUGGCCGACGCCGUCGUUUACGCCAUCCGAGACAACGGCGUGUUGGCGUUUGUCCCACAGUAUGGCCUGAAGGGACCGGUCUACUUGAAGAACCGAGAAGGCCAAGUGGUCUCUGCCGGACAAGAUGGCGGUUGCGAGUGGCAGAGCGGUUCCGUGCGCCGCUAUUCGGACCACAUCACCACCUCGUCCGCUACGGGAACCACCACCCUCGCGCUCUUCGACCACAUCACCGUUCGCAUUUCCGUGCAGUCGUCCCGCUGUCACGCCGACAGUCUCGACCUGGAGCUCGUCGACAACAAGCCGCAUCGCAGCACCGAGGUCCCGCAGCCGCCGCCGUCGCACGGACGCAACCAGCUGGUGCAGGAAGUGGUGCGCUUGGCCGAGGAGGCGUCCCAGCAGGCUCAGGAGAAAGCGGCGCAGCGGCCCAAAAUGUCCAAACAGGAACGAGAGUUCUGCCAAAGUAAAAGCCCCAACUUAUACUUACUCCUGGAGGAGAUUAGAGACCUGGCGCUGAUGGACCUGAUGGACCUGAUGGACCUGGACUCUACCAACUCAGCCUGAAGAGCCAUGGACGCCCAAUUUAUGAUGGAGGUAACGGUUAGCGUGUUUUGCCUCGGUUUGCGGCCAUUUUCCGCCAUUUUUUAAUGUAUUUUUACUAGGGAUGUCUGAUAAUUAUCGGCCUGAUAUCGAAUAUCGGUUGAUAUCGGUAUAUCAGAGUUUUUCCCAAUCAUGAAAACAGAUAUUUUAAAAAAAAUGCUGUACAUAAAACGUGUUUAUUCCACCACAGGAGAUAUGUCACGUGACACAUACAGUACUGUAUCGGUAUUGGCUGAUAUCGGUAUCGGAAAUUGGACAAAAUUAGCGUAUCGGUUUUCUGCAAAAACAAGCCAAUAUCAGACAUCCCUUAUUUUUUUACCACAAACGUCCUUGUUAGCAUUCUUAGCAUGCAUAGAAAUGAUAAACAAAGACGUGACCGUUCCCAAAGACACAAUGCUGCAGUGACACACCACCUUCCUGUUUUGCCAUGAGUUAUUUCUUCAAUUCAAGAAAUAGUGUUCCUCGUCUUCUUUAGCAAAAUGCUGGAAUUUUUUUUUUUUUUUGGCUUCUUGAGGACAGAAUGACUAUUGAACUCGAGAAAUAACUCAUGGCAAAACAGGAAGGUGGCGUCUGUGUCGAUCUUGCUGCCACAUCAACAAUGACAUCUUCAAUUAAGAUAAUAUUCAUUUAUUUAAAUGCAUUUUGAAUUAAUUACCGGGUGUAAAACUAUACAUUUUCUGAAUUGUAUUUACAUGAAUUUGACUGAGUUAGCAUCCGUUUCAGUUAAAGGCGGACCUUUUGGAAGCAAUGAAUGACGCUAACCAGGUCGUACGUAAACGACUCCCAACGCUUGACAGAAGCAAAAAAGGUUUGAGAGACAAAUGAGAGCAAAGGACUCAACAUUCAUCCUCAUUUUCAUUCUCACGCAUGUUGCUGGAUGCCGGGGUGGGUUCUGGCGCUUCUUUUUCACACAAGCUCUUGAUUGACAGCUGAGGCGGGGAGCUGAAGCUGCUGGUGGCCGGCUUGUCGUCCUCGUCUUGACCUUUGGACUCGUUGACAAAAGGUUGCGAUGCAUCCGCUGAGGAGUCGCCCGCUUGCAAUGACGAACCGACAACCGUCUGGGAGUCUGAGGGCCACAAUAAAAAGAGUGGAAUAUGAACUAGCAUAAGAUAAUAUUUGCAAAUGUAGCUCGAAGAAUAUCAGUGACUAGCGUUCAUAUCAGUAACUGUUUUCUUACUUUUUAAAAAUAGAAUUCAACAAGAAAACAACAAAAAAUACAACAAAGGAGAAAUAGUCAUGUCACAAGAAUAAAAUAAUAUGGUGAAAAGAAAAAUAGCGUAAAGUUGGUGUAAUAUUAUGAGAUACUACAAGGAAAGAGGUUGUAGUUUUUGGAAAAAUUAGGUUGGGAAAAAUUGAUAAAGUUUUGAGAAUUAAGUCAAAAAAAUAUAAUGGCAAAAAAAUUAUAUUACAAGAAGAAAGCUGAAAUAUUUGAAUAACAGAAUAAAUGGGGAAAAAAACAACAGCAAUUUCACCAGAAUAAAGUCAAAAUAUUAAGAGACAAAAGUCGUAUUCUAAUAUAAUAAUAUAAUAAAUAAUAUUUUAGUCGCAUAAAGUUGAAAUAUUAAAGAAAAAUGUUAUAAAAUUACCAGAAUAACUGUAGUUGGGGGAAAAAAAAUAGCUGUAAUUUUAGUAUUUUAGUAUUUGACACAAAAAACCCAGCAGCAAUUUCACCAGAAUAAAGUCAAAAUAUUAAGAGUCGUAUUCUAAUAUAAGGAAAAAUAAUAUUUUAGUUGCAUAAAGUUGAAAUAUUAAAGAAAAAAUGCAUUUAUUUUGUGGAAAAUGUUAUAAUAUUACCAGAAAAAUGAGAAGAAAAAAAACUGUAUUUGGAAAAAAAAACAGCAGCAAUUUCACCAGAAUAAAGUCAAAAUAUUAAAGAGACAAAAGUUGUAUUCUAAUAUAAGGAAAAAUAAUAUUUUACUUGCAUAAAGUUGAAAUAUUAAAGAAAAAAUGCAUUUAUUUUGUGGAAAAUUUGGUUGUGGAAAAAGUUAUAAUAUUACCAGAAAAAUGAGAAGAAAAAAAACUGUAUUUGGAAAAAAAAAAAAAAACAGCAGCAAUUUCACCAGAAUAAAGUCAAAAUAUUAAGAGACAAAAGUUGUAUUCUAAUAUAAUGAGGAAAAUUAUAUUUUAGUAGCAUAAAGUUGAAUUAUUAAAGAAAAAAGGCAUUCAUUUUAGGGAAAAAAGUUAUAAAAUUACCAGAAAAACGAGAAGAAAAAUACUGUAGUUGGGAAAAAAACAGCAGCAAUUUCACCAGAAUAAAGUCAAAAUAUUAAGAGACAAAAGUUGUAUUCUAAUAUAAUGAGGAUUGAUAAUAUUUUAGUAGCAUAAAGUUGAAAUAUUGAAGAAAAAAUACAUUUAUUUUGUAGAAAAUUUGGUUGGGGAAAAAGUUAUAUUAUUACCAGAAAAACAAGACAAAAAACUGUAUUUGGAAAAAAAAAACAGCAGCAAUUUCACCAGAAUAAAGUCAAAAUAUUAAGAGACAAAAGUUGUAUUCUAAUGUACCUGUCGGGUGCUGCUGGCGAGCCAGCCUCCUCUCCAGGGCUCGCCGUCUGUUCAGCUCCAUGAGUUGGCGCUCCUCAUCGGUCAGGGAGGGGGCCGGCGGUCCGGCGGGCAUCGGGGUGGAGUGGAUCGGCCCCGGCGGGUCGCUGGGGAAGCUCUGACUGGUGAAGUGGUCCGCCUCUCCAAAGAUGGGAGCUUCAGGAGGAGCCUCCUCUUCUCC